CAGUGAUCGUUGUUCGACUACAAACUGUCGCGAGUAGCGAUCACGUAAAUCGAAUCCUUCGUCAGAGACUUGAUGGUGGAAACUACAAGUUUUCUCGAAAUACAAGCUCAAUAACAAUGGAGACAGAAGAGCCUAUGGAUAUUGAUACAGCAGGAGAUUUUGACAAAUUUGAUGAUUUACUGGAAGAGGGAGAAUAUAGAGAGUCUAAUCACAUUAAUAGAAAAGUACUACCCAGUGUGGUUUUGGUGCCAGAGAUUAGGUAUGAAAAUAAAGCUGGUGCAUUUGUAACUGGUAUUGACACAUUCAGUAAUGAAGUAAAAAUAAAAAUGGAAGAUCGGGCAAAAAGAUUUGGCUUAGUGAAAGAAACUGAAAAAGUUAUUCCGAAAGAGUCAGAAAAUUUAUACGGAAGUUUUGGUAUCAAUGAAGAAAAUAUACAAAACUUUAGAUUGAAUGUUAUACAUAUGAGGGGUACUGAAGAUAUGAACACAAAAGAUAUUUUCAAAUACUUCGAAGAUUAUGUACCAGCCUCCAUCGAAUGGAUAAACGAUAUAUCAUGUAAUGUCGUAUGGCUUGAUAAACCAUCAGCUGCUAGAGCGAUAUUGGGUCUAUCCAAACAAAUAAUAGGUGUCAAAAAAGAAUCCAAUUAUAGGAUACAUUCGGAUGAUUCUAAUGAAGAUUCCACAGAUGAUAAAUUUAUAAAUGGUAAACGUUAUAAAGAUGAAAAUGCUGUUCAUGUAAAAGAUAUAAGAUGUCCUCUACCACCAGGUAUAUGGAGAAAAGGAACUAAUUAUAUAGAUUCUAGAAAUAUCUUUUUAAGGUUUGCUACAAGAUUUGAUAAAAAACAAAUUCAUGAUGAGCAGAUGAAUGAAAUUUACAACAAAGAUAGAAAUCUACAUCAUGGAGGUUUAAGAGGAAUAUUAGCUUCAUCUAGAAAACGCGUUUAUAAACAAUUAAAAGAAUCUUCACCUAAAUUGAAAGAAGAAUCAAGUACAAAUGGAAUAGCUGCUAAAAAUCCAUGGGGUUCUCUCUCUAAGAAUUGGGGAGUUACUGAUUUUGUCGAGGAUGACUAUUUACCUAAAACAACUACUGAAGCAGUUUCUAAUGUAAAGGAAAGAUUAGGUUUUAAAACCCAUGAAAAAGAAUUUCCAGAAGAGAAUUCAAAUAUUAUUGAACUUUCCGAUGAAAGCCAAUCUGAAACAUCAAGUGAAGAAGAAAAUUGGUGUAAAAGAAGUAAAAUGCCAAGAAUGCGAAUGCAUGCAGAUGACGAAGAAGAAAAAAUUCAGAAACGAAAAGGGAAAAUUAGAAAUAUGAUAAAUCAUAGUGGAAAAAUAAUGGAUAAUGAUUUACGAGGAAAAUUAACUGCAAAAAGAAGAUUACCACCUGUAUACCACGAAGCAAUUCAAGUUGUAGUUACAAACCCUAAAGCAGUUCAAAGUAACUUUACUAAUGUUAAUUUAACCGAGGAUGAAGAUGAAGAUGUUCAUGAAGUGGUUGUACAGCAAGAGAAUGAUGGUAAUGAGGAAGAAGAGGGUGAAAUUAUUGAUGAUUCUGGAAGUGAUAGUAAAGAAGAAUAUGAAGAAGAGGAAGAAGAGGAAAUAGAGGAAAUAGAAGUUGGAGAUGAUUCAGCAUCUGAAUCCGUUCAUGUUAGUAGUGAUAGUAGUGUUUCUGAAAAAGAAGUUCAAGGUCCAAAAGGAAGUGUUAUUAAAGUUGUUCAACAUAGACCCAAGUUAGCAUCAACUGUAUCUACUGUAUGGUCACGAUUAAAUCAUUCCAAAAUCGAUAGAAAUGAUAACUCACAAGAAAGAUAUUACUCAAAAACAGAUUUGAGGUUCACCUUGAAGAAAAAUGACUUACGAUCACGUAUUGGCAAUCACCAUAUGACAGGUCGGUCACCUCUUAGAAUAGAAUUGAGGAAUGAUAAGUAUGCUGGUAGACUGAAUGAUUCUGAAUAAUUAUGAAUAAGAAAAUAUUUGAUAAAGAUUUUCUAAAUUUAUGAUAAUCAU